GGGAGUGCAUAAAUAAAAGCUUAAUUGUAUAAGACUAGCUAGGAGGAGGUCGGGUUUGGAUCGUAAACCUUUUAUUGUAGAUAUCAUGGUAAGCACGCCGAUUUGGAUCAGUACCUCGUGUUCCAAGUUGAUACCAUUCCGUUACACUCCAUCAUGCUCCAUAUCCUCCGUCUGCCCCCUCAUCAAAUUCCCAUCGGACCGGUGCGUUGGCUUUCAUUCCAUCGGUCCGUUAGUCAAUCGACUUGCCACUCUUGCCCCGUCACUACGAAGCCCCCUUUGUGAUACGCCUGCUUCCGGACCUAAAGCGCUACACGACAGUUAGUAGUCUCGCUUCCACCUAGCUAGACAGCUGGCAGACAGGCAAGGGAAUGAUUAAGUGGAAGAGUGGCUAGCAAACCUACGGCAACCCCCCUGACAAAGCCUCGAUCAGCCAGCUUCUCUCCUCUUCAAGACCUAGCUCUCGACCAAAGAUCAAGAUCGACAGGAUAACUCUCGCAAUUUCAUCGUCCCGCCAGUGCUGCAGCAUUAAUGAUAGCUGGAGUUGCUCGGUGUAGUCCAUUUGCGAGUGUGGUUGAGUUAGGAUGCUUGUGAAGGUAUCUGUAAAAGCUAUAGCUUUGAUAAUUAGGAGAAGGGUGGGGAUAUAUGGAUUUUCUGGAGAACGAGAGAUAGACAUGCUCCGCGAGCCGGGGCCGGCUGUGGAGGAUAUCCUUGAAUAUAUGGUAUUGGGUAGCGCUGUAUGUUGCGGAAGGAGUGAGCGAGUGCUAGUAGGGCAGAUAACAGUAGCUUCAUAAAAUGUGCGGAGAAUUCAUCUGGUGAUUGGGAAGAUCGGUAAUUUUUAGCGUGUCAUAAGUGCGAGUGGGGUACCUGUGAGUGGCAACGAAUGUUCCAGCAUUUUCAUAUAUCUGACAAAAGAAAGCCCGUGCUUAGACAGGACGACAAUACGUUAUAUAUGGGGGAAAUGGCGGACUGCAACUCCUUCUCUUUCCCCUUUGCAUCACUGGUCGGGAGUCUGACGAAUUCUAUGAUCCACUGUAAGAAUGCCACGACCGCUCUUUCGGCUCUCUCACUUGGGCUUAUCCUUCUUGCUGUGCGCCUCCUCCAAUGCACUUUGCACCGGAUACACCGCCAUGCCGGGGCACGACUCCACAAGGGACAUACCUGCCCUUAGCCCGGAUGUGAACCCGUCUUCGUAGAAGCCAUGAUUGGUCCAUGCUCCCGCAGAGCUUGUUCCACGCUUGUUUUGUAUUUCCGCCGGCUUGAUUUGAGCUGCGACAGUCUGAGGGGUGGACAGAGGAUGUCUAUAGGCAUAUUCAUCCUGCACUUUGGGUGAUCCGGACGGUGUGAGUGGGUUGAAAAUUACCGGGAUGCUCGAGUGCUUGGAAGUUGGCAUGUGCUGGAGAAUAUUGAUAUUAUAGGUUAAAGAAACCUUAUCAGUAUUUCGAGAGGUAGAGAUCGGGGCCGCCGGGGAGUUCUGCGCUGUCCGGACCACGCGGCUCUGUGGUCUGAACUUCGAAUCGUGUUAGUUUAUAUUGGGGGGAGGAGGGGAGAAAGCACAGAUGUAUCAGAGUGAAGCGCAGCGGUAUUGAGGGUUGUUUGAAAGCAAGAAGAGAAUAUCCGUUUCCAAUGGCGUUUCAGACUCUCUAGGAGUCGGAGGGCCAGGUCACCAUGAAUUGCAAGGAUAAUAUGGCCAUAUUCAUAUGUUGCCCCUGAAAGGUCCAAAGUCAUCUUUCCGUUAGCUGUAUGAAUUCUAGUAACUUUGGUGGAUAUAUGGAUGCGAUCCUUUGGGAAAGCCUUUAUUAUUGCACCAGCAUGUUGCUUGGAUCCGCCCUGAAUGGUAAUUCAUUUAGGCAUUGCUGGGGAGUAUUUAAAAGGUGGUGGUUCCACCUUGUCAACUGCCAGUACUGUUUGGCGUGGUCGUGGGGAGGGACAGAUAUCGUGCGUGAAAUUUCACAAGUGUGGCUGCUGGGAGCUCUGGGGCGCAUUUGUCUGGACUGGUAUUCCACACGGUGGUCGUCAUCGGGAUUAAGUGGUUAUCCCUGAAUGCUUGGGGACCUUCCCUCUCCAGAUAUGCUCUGAUAGUUUCGUCCUCGCACUCUUCAUUCAUCUCUUUCCUCCCUAGAAGAUCUAUGGCGAAGGUGUUGAAACAGAUUAUAUCAAACAACAUACGCCACAUGCUCGGCCCGAAUAAGUUUGCACGUUAAGCAAAGAUGGAUGACAGAUUGGUGCCGGACCAUCCGAAGGCACCGACAUUCCGGGAAACACCGAAUUUCAUCACCGUUGAAACAAGGGUAACAUCUAUGCACUUGGGGAAGGAUAGAAAGUUUUCUAAACAAACAGCAGGCGUAAUGUUAGCUCGUGUUCGCAAUGCUGUCGGAGGGGUGGAACGAAUGGUAUGUAGCACUAUUCAUUAUUAUAAAUCCCGUAUCAACUAUCGUAGAUUGUCCAUUAUAGGUAAAUGGCACAGCAUCCGUAUGGUCUCCAAUAUAACCACCCGCCUCGGACAGGUGGACCUCCGGUGGAUCAGGGCUAUUCUAAAGGGACCGAAGAGCAGCAGAGCUAGGAACACCGCUCCCAACUGUGGCAACUUUCUUCGGUGAUAUUUUUUUUUUUUUCGCGGGAUGAGGUGAGGGGGCAGUGGUAGGCAGCGAGAAAGGGGACAUGAUUGAUUUUAUAUUUAUUUCCUUCACAGGUGGACCGGGAUAGACGGGAUAGACGGAUGCGUGCGUAUGGAUAGAGAGGGUUCAUAGGACCAAGUCGAGCGGGGAGGGAUUCCGCCCCUUAUGAUAGGAGGAAAGCGAUAGGGCACCAUCGGAAAGUGAAAUCAAGGGAUAUGGGAAUGCAGCGAGAAAUUCUCCGUCUGGAGGAUACCGUAUCAAAACCGUAAAUUUAUAGGAAUAUAGUGGCACGAACCCCUGGGGGGCAAUGACUUCAGCCCACAGAAGGCUCGGGCCAGCCAGAGAAGAGCCUUGGAUCUUCAGGGGAAGACCUGGGGCCUGGAUAGGCGUAAGGAUCAACGUUAGAAUCUGCGUUAAACUCUUUGUUUUCCGUGAUAUAUAGAUAGGGCCUUAGAACAAUCUGUUGUGCGUGAGAUAUGUUUUUCGUAUGAUAAUUAUGGUGUUUGUUCAUUGUUCCCGGAUCCUUGGGCUCUGUUGGGUAGGCUAAACCAAGUCGGAACGAGCCAAGGGCUUUGUGGCAGUGAGGAUGUGAUGCUUACCGAGGCACCAAAAACCAGCCCUCGAUUCAAUCCCCUCCAUCACCAACCUCCUCUCAAGCAUUUUUCCACUCUGUCUUUUCUUUCUAUUUCUGCCCCGCCUUACCGCCCCACACUCAGUCCUUUAGCUACAAGCUUUGAGAUUUCAUAUCAGGUAAAUCUUCAGGAACUUUACCGGUGCUCCUCAUCCAUCCCCUGCAUCACCGGGGUUGAGCUGGAGGAGUCAACCUAUCUAGCAACCUUCGGUACUGUACUAAUCGUCAUCGCCGUCACUAGAUCAUAAAUAUGUCGAACGCUCUCGAUUCUGAUCCUGGCUCGGAGCUCUUCGCCUCAUACGAGGCUGAUUUCAAGCUUGUCCGAGCAGACAUCACUCAGAAGCUUGAUCAAAUACCUGAGCUUUCUGGGGAGCCGCGCAAAGCGGCUAUUCGUGCUGCCGAAAGAGCUGUUGAUGAGGCCGAUGAAAUUGUGGAUUACCUUCUAUGCUACCCGCCCUAAGACUAUUUUCGAUGGCUAACAGUUGAGAAGCUCGGCCAAAUGUCCCUGGAGAUCAAUAAUAUUCCCUCCGCCCAGAGAUCCAAGAUUAAACCCCGCCUUCGCAAUUAUGCCCACGACCUCGAUAUUUCCCGCCACUCGCUUGUUAAACACGCCCAAAACAUCGACCGUGAUGCUCUCUUUGGAGCUCGCUCGAAAUCCGGUUCGGGGGAUGCUGUGGUUGACCAGCGACAACAGCUACUCUCUGGAACCGAUCGGUUAGAAAGAUCUUCGCAGCGACUUAGGGAUUCGCAACGUGUCGCAAACGAAACCGAGGAAAUCGGUGCUUCCAUUCUGGGUGAUCUUGGGAGACAGAGAGAACAGAUUGUGAAUACCCAUAAUACCUUGAACGAUAGUGAAAGGUUUCUGGAUAGAAGUAUUAAAACCUUGAGGGGUAUGGCACGUAGGUAUGAACCCUGACGCCUGAUUCCCCAUUUAGUGCUGCGUCGUCUGACAAUCAUAAUUCCUCAGGAUGGCUACCAACCGGAUGAUCACUAUUGCGAUCAUAACCGUCUUGGUGUUGCUUAUCAUCGCUGUUAUUGUCUCUAGAUUCCGCUAGAAUCACAUUCACGUACAUUGGUUGAAAUUCAACCGGUGCUUUGUUCUGAAUACCGCUUUCUUUUACUAUUUUAUUUCCUGUUCGGACGGAGCCUGGGAGUUAAUUUGUGUUGUGCUUUCUGUUCCGUUCGUAAACUCUUCACUGGGUUCGGGGGAACAAAUAAAUAAAUAAGAUAUAGCGAUACUCUUUUUUGGUUCUAUAUAAUAUUUGACUCAAAAUUUUUUUGAAAAUGUCCCAAGAUACGGCCAAACGGGGGGAUCGUUUGGUGCUCUCAAAGGGGGGUUUAGGAUAGGCGGAGGGAUUUUAAUCGGCUUCGGAGAGAGUAAAGUGCUGUGUUCCUCAGGCUAUUAUACUGCCGUAGGAUCCCUAUUGGAGUUACGCUAUUUCCUCUAGGGUUACCAAUGAAGUUACGAGUGGUAUACUAUUCGGCAUAGCAUAGGGCUUUUCACUACGGUCUUGGAAGGUCUCUUGCGUAUUUGCGGUGAAUUGUGAUACCUUAAUCUAUGAUAUCAGUCAUAUUUUUGAGGUAACAGCAUGCAGGGGAUGAGCUUCACGAUC